CCUUGGAAUAAUCUCAGGUAUAAAAGGUCAGCCAUAUUAGAAUCGGCAUGUCAAAGUCCGACCAGUUCUCGUCAACAUAAGGUCAAGAGGAGGAUCUCUUUUAUUCGACUGCUGCUUGCAACACUGACCUCGUUGCGCAGGUCAAGAUGGGGAGGCCAUUUUCAGAACCAGGGCUGCUUGCAAUAUUGUUGGUUUUGUUGUUAUCAAAUGGAAGUUUGACUUUGGAAAAUCGCGGACAAAUAAACCAGGAGCAGGUGCCAAGCGAACCAGAGGCCAGAUUCGAAUCACCAAUUGGACACAUCGAUUUUAAUGUUGAUUUCGCUCAUAAAAUGAAAAAUUCGUCGGAGCAAAACAAGACAGACGAUGCAGAAACGCGCGUGCUUCGUCUCGCUGUGUUCUCCGACGACGCCCUCCUGAGCCACCUCUCCGACAUGCAUCCCGAAGACCCACUCUCUGCCACCCAUAGUUACGUCACCGCCGGCGUCUCAGCGAUUGAGCAGGUCAUUCAGCAGGCCAUGGGUAAGGGCGUGGAGUUCAAGAUAAAGCUGGUGCAGGUGGGCGUGUGGGCUGAGAAGGGGGCGACGCCCUUCAACACCAACGGCCUUUCAUCCAGUAACUUGCUGAACUUCUGCGAGUGGGCGAGCGAGAGGAAGCCCGGGCGCGGCGAUCCCGGGUACUGGCACCACGCCAUGAUGUUGACAGGGAAGGAACUGUUCGAGACGACGAAGGACUCUCUGGGCGUGACCUUCGUGGGCGGCCUGUGCCACCCUCGGACGUCGUGCUCCGUGGUCGAGGCCAACUCCUUCAAGGCCGUCCAAGUGGCCGCCCACGAGCUGGCGCACUCCAUGGGCGUCCCGCACGACGGCGAGGGGGCGGCCGCCCGCUGCCCCAGCGAGGGCUUCAUCAUGGGCCAGUCGCUCUCCGAGGAGACCUUCGACUGGUCCAACUGCUCGCGGGACGCCAUCAGCGCCUUCCUCAAGAAUGAAACGUGCUUGGAGAGGGGUGCCGCGUCGAGCAGAGCAACGCCCAAGGAAUUGGACCACACCAAGGGAGGGCCACCGGGCCAGAGGUACCCCGCCGAUGCCCAGUGUCAGCUGGCACACGGGAAGGGGUUUAGGGCGACGCCGUCAAAGCGGAAUCUCUGCCAGUACCUCAUGUGCACCAACGGUGUAACGACCCGCGGGGCGCAUCCAGCCCUCCCUGGAACCACUUGCGGAGCGAACCGAAUCUGUGUUGCUGGUGACUGCAAGGAAGGCAAAAUCCCCCCGACUAAGCCGCCCACGAAGCCACCCACAAAGCCGCCCACAAAGCCACCCACAAAGCCGCCAGGUAAUGGCGGCGGCGACUCAGUCUUCCCUCCUGCCAAGAUCCCGAAUGAGAUCCAGUAUAUACCGAUUCCCCAACGCUGCUACUUCCUGCCUCCGUUCCUCCAUCCAUACAUCGGCUGCAAGUCCCCUCCGACCGGCCCCUCCAAUCCAAAUCGUCCUCAGCGCCCUAAUCGUCCAGAAAAUCCUAAUCGUCCACAAAGCCCUGCUAAAGAACCCCAGCCAUUUAGGAUUGGAAUUUCAGCCCUACCUGAAGUCAUAAAUAAUAGAUCCUUCAGUGAGGAUAACUACACAAGGAUUCUUGUUAAUGACGAGCCUGUAGAAACCACUGCCGACGUCAAGACAACGAAAACCAUCUCCUCAAAGAGUGAGUCAACGGGAGCCACGACCACCAGCGCUGAGUUCGCAGAAGCCACCACCUUCGAGCCAGAGUCGCCGAAGACCACAGUGAGUAGUGACGAGUCGUGGCAAGUAUUUAAUGACGAAGCUCCCAUCCCAGAAGGUAAUUCACAGGAAACAACCACAUUUACUAUCAAGUCUUUAGAAAACACGACAGCUGAAUCCUCGCAGAUCCCCACGACUGAAGCGAAACUGCCAGAUGACGAAUUCGUGUUAUUCGACGCCGUGAAUGAGGCUGUGGGAUCUCUCGCAGGUGAAAUCCGAUCUCUCACAGAAGAGGAAGAGCAACUGCAGGACGAUAAGGAGAAUGGAGAAAAAGUAUUCGAUGGCAAGGACCUUGGUGGUGCAGACCAGAACGCCACAGACACGGAAACAAAAAGUGAUAUUGUAGCCGCAAAUCGAACCACAGAAACUCACGAACCGACAGAAGAGGUCACAGCGACGCCAUACACUACAGAAACGAUAACAACACAGACCACGACAGACAGUUUCGUCCGUGAGGAAAUGACAACUUCACCAUUACCUUACGAAGCCAAAAACACAACACAAGGACACACAAAUCAUUCAAGAUCAGAACAACCAGUAACCCUUCGCCUCACUGCAGACGACGCGCACCAAUUAGAAGACAUCUCACGCCGCGAAGUUGGAAAUCAAACGACCACGACAGAAACCCCGACGUCCCCAGUCGACGAAAAGCAGCUCGGCAAGAAUAACGAAGACGAGGAGGAACACAGCGCUACGUUUUCGGUGGAUAAUUUUACCAUUGCGGGUUCGGGCCUCCACUUCUCUCUGCCUUCCCACCUUCUUCAGAACUUGCUUGCUCCUUUGCUCAUGAACUCUCACGGGACAGGCGCGCCCAUGAUGAAGGCAGAGGACCCACUUGUGAGCAGACGCCAGUCGGAAGAAAAUUUCCAUCGCCACGAUUCUGCGCAUCCAAGGAUAUCUUACCUUCGGGAUGGAUACCGACAAGAGCCCUUGUUGGCCGCAACUGCACCCGUUCACACCCGCGCCUUCCGGAUCAGCCCUUGCACUCGAGCCUGUGGCGGCGGCACGCGCAGAGUCGCUCAGGUGUGCGUUGAGACGAGCGCUCCAGACGUUGUGGUUUCUCAGGACUUUUGCAACGGCCUGCCCAACAUCGUCGCGCCCUUCAACCAGUCCUGCAAUACAUUUCCCUGCGCCGUCCCUGAGUGGGUGGUGGGGCCGUGGAGUCCGUGCUCACACUGGUGCGGUCUGGGCCUCCAGCGCCGGCUAGUAGCAUGCGGGAUGUCUCUGGUGGAGGGAGCGUCACCUCUAGGGGCAGGACGCUUCGUGGCCGCUGGAAAAUGCUCAGGAGAUCAGCCGUUGGACGUGAAGCUGUGUAAAGGAUCUUGCAUACAAGUCGACUGCAAGCUGCCAAGCAACCGUCUUCACCCGGCUUGCUAUCACUUGCUUGGAGAAACGCCCAUUGAAAGAGACCACAGACCAUCAUCGUGAUCUUCAGAAGAAUUCACAACUCGGUGAACUUUGGUUGUGAACUGAUGUACUGUAUUCGCGAAAGUGAAGAAAGAAGAAAGAAAAAUCCAAAGACGUGUAAAUUUAAGUUAGAAUAUUUAUUUGUAUUGUAAGGAUAGCCGGGAAUGCAACUGUAUUUGGCUUUGUAGUUUAGUGUUAGUUUAUUUAUUAUUUGUUAAUAUGUAAUUUAUGACUAUUUAUUAUUCUUUGUAUAUUUUCUUAUGUCCAAUAAA